AUGGACACACAGUGCGAGGAGAACAACCAGACAAGCGGCGAUGUUGAUGCAUCUCAACAGGACGCUGCCAGUAUUGCAGAUGUGUCCGUGGAGGUGGCCACGGUGGAUCACACACUGCGGAAGCUGUGCAGGAAGUUAAGGAAGACUAGACGGAAGCCCAAAGGACUCAAGCGGCUGUUGGCCUACCUGGUGAACAUCCUGCACCUAGCUAUCUUUGUAGCAGUGGUGUUUGUGGUGCUGGUGGUGAUCAUAUGGUUGCUGCUGUGGAUUUUUAUAAUUCACAGGGAAAGUAACACUGCUACGUAUUUUGCCGGGAUGUUCCGUGUUGCCCAUGUGGAGUUUAUCCCAGAGUACCGCCAGGCAGAGUCCCAUGAGUUUGUGUCCAUGGCAAACAAAAUACAGCACGUGGUGACCAAUGUGUACAGGAUGUCCUCAGUGGCCAGGCUCUAUAAGCAAGCUGUCAUUUCAGACCUCAGUAACAACAAUAAAGGUGGUGUGUUGGUGCAUUUCUGGAUGGUGUUCGUAGUGCCUCGACUAAAGAGACCUGCCAUGUGUGACGAGUGUAUAGGGGCCAUUUUCAGAGACUCAAUCCACACCAGCCUGAAGAACAGGUCCUCUGUCGGCUACCUGCUGGGCCUUGCAGUCGAUAUAGAUUCCAUCCUCAUCAAUAGUGUUCAGCGUUCAGAUUUUACAUUAAGUGUUACAGGCUCACAGUGUGUAGAUAAACUGUAUGCCAACCUUCCUGGGGCUAGAGUCCCUAUAAACGUCUUCUCCUCAUGGGGUGGGGUGAAUUGUCUUGUAAAGCUCACCGCUGUCCCUGGCUCUCUAAUCCGCCUGACCGUCACCUCGUUUCACAUCGAGCCCAGCGAUUGUGUGAACGAUGCCCUCAUCGUGUAUGACGCUCUGCUGCCCAUGAGAGGGCGCAUUCUGCACAGGCUGUGUGAGCCGGUGUCCAGCUCCUUCUCCAUCGUCUCUACCUCCAAUGUCAUGUUGCUGUCCUUCAGAAUGACUAAUGGCAACAAGAGCUUCAGAGGACACUUUGAGGCUAUAGCUGAGGAAAUAUGUGUGUCUCAAAUUGAGACCCAUUUAGAGCCUGACAUCACUGGUCAAAUCUACAGCCCCUUCUACCCCAGCAUGCUGCCUCCACAGUGCACCUGUACCUGGAAGUUUAAGACUCCUAAAUCGACUUUAGGAGUUGCACUGCAUUUCCAGAACUACGUACUGAAACCAAAAGACAUAAAGGGCUGUGACAGCGGCUGGUGGAAGGUCAAUGAAAUCAUUUUCUGUGGCAGCUACGUUGGACACCGCACGGUGUUCCGGAUCGCUGGCCACAGCCCAGAGGUGGAGUUUCGCUGCAGCUCACGUAACUCUGUUCAGCCCUUUCAGGCGUCGUACAGCAGCUACAAUAUCAGCCAACCUUGUUCAGAGAGCCACUUCUUGUGCAACACAGGAUUGUGUGUGGAGAAAAGUCGACGCUGCGAUGGUCUGGAUGACUGCCAGGAUGAGAGCGACGAGGUCCUCUGCUCAAGGCCCACAAAGAACUGUGGUGGAAACCGUCCAUUGCAUCCUUUGUUUGUUUGCAAUGGAGAGACGGACUGCCAUGAUGGAUCAGAUGAAGUCAACUGCACUCAGGAAACAACCUGCUCUGCAAUCAGUUAUCGGUGCAGAAGUGAUUAUUGCAUACUGAAAAAGAACGCAAAGUGCGAUGAUGUUCCUGACUGUCUGGACCAGAGUGAUGAGGCGGACUGUGUCUGUGGUCGUCCCUCCCCUCUGAAGAGGAUGGGUUUACCUCCAGGCACUCAGCGCAUCGUGGGCGGAGUUAACUCGGGGGAAGGGGAGUGGCCUUGGCAGGUCAGCCUUCACUUCACUGGGAGCCUGUACUGUGGUGCUUCUGUCCUCUCCUCUGAUUGGCUCAUCUCAGCUGCACACUGCUUCAGUAAAGAAAGGCUCUCUGACCCACGCUUCUGGAGCGCCCACCUCGGCAUGCUGACGCAGGGCAGUGCCAAAUACGUGGCGGAGAUCCAGCGGAUUGUUGUCCACGAGUAUUACAAUGCGUACACAUUUGAUUAUGACAUCGCUCUGCUGCAGCUAAAGAGGUCCUGGCCUCCCUCCCUCAGUCCACUGAUCCAGCCUGUGUGCCUGCCGCCCUCCUCCCACACCGUCACCGAGAGCCACCGCUGCUGGGUCACCGGGUGGGGGUACCGAUCUGAGAAUGACAAGGCGUUGCCCUCCGUGCUGCAGAAAGCCGAGGUUUCCUUAAUGAGUCAGAGUGACUGCAAGAAGAGCUACGGCCCCAUCUCCCCUCGCAUGCUGUGUGCUGGCGUACCCUCAGGAGAGCGGGACGCCUGUAGGGGGGAUUCGGGGGGUCCUCUGUCCUGUCAGGCUCCAGGCGGGGGUCGCUGGUUCCUGAUAGGGAUUGUCAGCUGGGGGGCCGGUUGCGGCAGACCAAACCUGCCUGGAGUCUACACCCGGGUCAACAAGUUCACCUCUUGGAUCUACAGCCAUAUCAGCUGACAUGAUGAAAUUCAUCCAUGGCCAGCAGAUUGUUAUACAGACUGUUGCUCAA